GGGAGGAGGGAUGGUUUAGCAAGGCCGCGUACUCCUCUCCACACACACACACAUCCAUGUAUAGCUUGCUCGGCAACGACUUAGCAAGGCCUUUACCACCACCGCCAUCAUCACCAUCAUCACCACUAUCAUCACCACCACCACCACUAUCAUCACCACCACCAUCAACCCCGUGGUCAUGCGGCGAAAAGCCGUAGAGACCGCCGCUGCCGGGAGCUUGCUGUGGUUACUCGUGGCCGCUCUGAUCCGCUCCGGUGUUCCGCAGAAAGGUGAUGGGUGCGGCCACUCGGUGCUGGGGGCGCUCAGCGGGACGCUCUCCUCGCUCGGCUACCCGGCCGCGUCCCCGGCAAACGCCGUCUGCGUCUGGGCGCUCCGUGUGCCACCCGGCCGGCGUAUCCGCCUCCGCUUCGCCGACUUGCAGGUUCUGGCGCCAGAACCCUUCCACUGCCAAGAAAACCACGUCAAGAUCUACAGCGGCAUCUCCAACUGGUCCGAGAUGGGCACGUUCUGCGGGGAGCUGGACAAGGUGAAGCAGGAGCUUGUGUCCGAGAGUAACGAGGUGACGAUUCGAUUCCAGAGCGGGUCCCACGAGCCCGGGCGAGGGUUCCUCCUCUCGUACGCCAUCGACGACCAUGCUGACCUCAUCACGUGCCUGGAGAGCGGGGCAGACUUUGCGGACCACGAGUUCACGAGGUUCUGUCCGGCCGGGUGCCUAACUCCGUUCGGCGACGUCUCCGGCACCAUUCCCAACGGGUACCGUGACUCUUCCCCGGUGUGCCGGGCGGCGGUGCACGCCGGCGUCAUCGCGCCGGACCGUGGGGGUGUGGUGAGCGUCGUGCAGAGCAAGGGGCGAGAGUUUUACGAGAGCCGGCUUGCCAACAACGUCACCUCGCUCCAGGGCAGCGACUCCCCCAACCUCUUCACAUUCAAGACGACGGGCUGCUACGGCAAGCUGGGCAUGGAGUCGGGCACGAUCCGCGACUCUCAGCUCUCGGCGUCGUCCGUGCUGGCGCAGGUCGGCAAGGACAGGGUGGCGACGGAGCUGCCCCUGUGGAGUGCGCGCCUGGGCGACGCCGGCCCCGCGUGGGUGGCGCGCCUCGACGACCCCCCCCACUGGCUCCAGAUCGACCUCAACAAGGAGCGGCGCGUCACAGGCAUCGUGACGGCCGGCUCGGGGGGUCCUCCACAACCCUCCUACUUCGUCUCGGCCUACAAGGUGCAGUGGAGCCUGGACGGGGCCGCGUGGAGCACGUACAAGAACAACAUCGGCGGCACCGAGAAGCUAUUCCAGGGUAACGUGGACAGCCUGAGCCCCGUGCGGAACAACUUUGUGCCGGCGCUGGUGACGCGUCUGGUGCGCGUCUGUCCCAUCGCCUGGCACCAGAAGAUCGCCAUGAAGCUGGAGCUGCUGGGCUGCGAGCUCCCAACCACGGCGGCGGCUGUGGGGACACUACGACCUCGUGCCAUGCGGCCGGUGGGGGCCUCUCCGCCGGUGGGCACGGAGUGGCCCCCGGGGCAGGGAGCGGAGGUGGGGGCCACCACUGUGACGGCCGUCAAGAACAGCACCAUGCCGGGCGGCACGCAGAGAGAGCUGGUGCUCGUGUCCACGCUGGUGCCGGUGUGUGUCGUCCUCGUUGCUGUGCUCCUCGUCCUGUCCUUCAUCUGCGCCAAGAGGAGGCGCGACCGCGGACGGAAGGACGCCGGGCCCGCAUACAGCCUGCCCUGCACUCCGGGCCAGACAGGCUGGUUCAAAGGCCUCCAGCAGGUGUUCCCGCGGGAGGGGCGGGGGCGGGGGGGAGGCGGCCUCCACGGAGCCGACUCCUCCCUCAACGUCCGCUACAGCAGCGACGCGCACCGGGGCCCAGCGGCGCGCAAGCACAGCGUGCCCGAGUACCAGCCGCUGGUGCUGGGCGGCUCCGAGCUGGCACGGGCAGGGAAGGCCUCCACAUUCCGGCCAACUCGCGACUACGAAGAACCGGAGCAAUCACCGGGGGGCGGCGGCGGCAGCGGCGGCCUUCCUCACCCGCCGCCUCCCCUCACCCUCCCUCCCAUCCCGGCGGCGCCAGUGCCGGGAGCGCCGCCCUCGCCAUCGUCGUCCAUCGCGACCUCCCCUUCCCCGGCCGCCUACGACACCAUCGGGGCGUACGACGACUCGCCGGCGCGCUAUGCCUCGCCGCUCUCCUCCCCCGCCGCUCCGGCGCUCCACCUGUACGCCGAGCCGGUGCCGGCGCAGGUCCCCGAGUACGCGAUGCCAAUCGGGUUCACGCUCGACCCUGUGCGAGCGUUUCCCGUGGCCUACGACACGCCGAGAAGCCCGCGCAGGGCCGAGCAGGCACCGGGGCGGCCAAGUUUCAGCCAGUCGGCAUCGGGGAUCGGCGGUCCCAGCGGCGACGGUGGUACGGUGUACGACACACCCAGGGCCGUACGACGGAACGCGACGCGCGGAAACGUUGACGCCGGUGAUGCCGGCGGGGUGGAGGGGGGCGGCAGUUGAGCGGAGGUGGCCGUCGUGAUUGGUCGAUGCCGUGCUGUACGGUGCGCGUGGGCCGACGUGAUUGGUCGACGCUGGGUCACACGGCGUCUGUGGGACGACACGAUUGGCCGACUUGUCGCGUGGUAGCACAGGAGGAAUGAGGAUGCGCGCUGUUUAUGUGAAUGUAAUGUCGGUUGGAAUUGUUCUACGUUUUAAGUUUUAGAUUUUUUCACGCGUGUCGAUUUUACAUUUUUUUCACUUCAAUUAUAAUUUAUAUUUUGCGACGUUUUAUUUUUUUCGUACAUUCGUACUUUUUUUGCGCGUUUGUGAAGUAUUUAUAUAUUUCUUUCGUUUGUUUAAAUUUUAUUUCGCGUGGAUUUAUUUCUUCGGAACACGUGCAAAUUUCUACAAUUGUUUUCAUUAUUAUUAUUUAUGUUUUGUUUCGUCGUUUUCCAACAUCAAGUUUUUACUCGACUGGGCGAUAAUUUGUUUUUGCGCGCUGAAGGCAUUGUGGGUAGAAUAACGAUGGGCACUCCACCCCACACAUCUGUGACGAUGAAGAUGAUGAAGGAGAUAGCGCCCCCACCCGCGUGGAUUUUUGUCGUUGUGUUUGUACAGGGUUUGAUACGGAGAGAGUUUUUACACUGUGUUGAGUGUGCAUGAUCGUUUUGAAUAGGCAUAAUCAUCAUAAUUCAUAGGCGUUUGCAAUAAUUACCUAUACUGUAUAUAAGCGGGCAAGAGACGACCAAGCCCCCGGCGCAAUCCGUAGUGGCGUGUACUGUUAGCGAGCGCCCGUUGUGUCCGGCACGGCUUGUGCCGUGGCUGGUUGGUUCGUACUGCGCCUGGACAAUGUUCGCACGGCUCACUGGGUACUCAAUUUAGGCCGAGUUGACCUAGGGGGAGGACCAGUGUGCUUAAUGGAUUGUAGCAAAGUAUGUCAAACCACUACACCGUCUCUCUCGCAUACACACACGCCGCACAAAGACAAAGACCACCCGUAUAGCCUUAACAGACUUUUAGGGAAAGUGCUCUUAGUGAGCACCUAAGAAGGCUGGCACGGCACACGAGGGGGUGGUGUGGCUAGCACCACGCCCAGCCGCCUUUGUCUCCCCAGUGCUGAUGUUUACACACAACACCAGGUACUCAUUUAAGGCCGAGUCGACCUAGGGCAAGCCCAGGACCGGCUCAGAUAUUACUGAUGUUGGCUGUGAGCACAUUGCCGCACGAAGACAUACAACCGCAAAAAAGCUUUCACAAAAAUCACGACAUACAUGAGCAGAGUUGCAUGGGGAGGCAACUCUGCUGAUGAUUGGGUGAAGCUAACGACCAAUCGCCAGGCUGCGUUGUCAGCGAUUCGCAAGCACAAGUGUGUACAGCAACAGCAACCCUCGCACGUCCAUCACGAACGCAAUUACAACGCGGAUUUAUGGCAGUGUCUGACAUGUGACCCCAUUUGAGGAUGCGACACGGAAGUUGUGGGCAUAGUUUGUGUGGCGAUGGAGGCAGUCGGUCAUCGGGUCUCUUUGGCGGCCUAUGGAUCUGUUUGUGUCUGUGUGUGAACACAUGGGUCUCUGUGGGAACUUCACAUAGCGGCUUAUGAACGCUGCGACCGCAUCUCGAACCGAUUUACGGGGAACGGCGGGGCGUAUUUAUUUUAUCGAGUGGGGGAGGCAGGCAGUCAAAGCGCAGAGGAGAAGAGGAUAGUCUUGAGCCUGGAAUUGAACUGGGCAGGGAGUCGACAGCACGGGAGGCUGGGGGAAGGGGCGAGUAACCCGACUCUAAAGGGGCAACAGAGAAGAAUGAGCGACCUCCCAGUGACCUUACAGGGAAAAUAAUGAACAGGCUGACGUUUCGGGCAAUGGCCCAUGUUCAGAGGAGCAGAGUGAGAGGGGCGGCCAGAUUGACCGAGUUGCAGGUGGAGAAUGAAAUGUACACUGCGUUUAAAAAAUACAACUUUUAAUCGGGUUGAUUUGAAAGUUUGAAGACGGGGGAAGUUUUCAGUCGGUGCGUAAUCACCUGCCUUGAGCGUAGAGGUGACCAACCACGAAGGGCUGGCGAAUACAAAGGAAGGAGAAUCUCAAAAGUGCGCGGAGGAGCUUGGAGAGUCACUGAGAGGGACGGAGAGAGGGAACGUGCAUGGGUGAGAGGAUGCCUGGGUGAGAGGGUGUCCCUAGGAGAGGGCUGCGAUGGCUGGUAGUUGGCAGCCAAGGGAGGGAACGCGCCGGAGAGGGGACAUCUGCCGUGGAGAUGGAGCCGUGUGAGGUCUACUCUCGACGGAUCGUGACGUCUUAGGGCUGUGAGGGAUGGCGACGGCUUGGAGAGGCCUUCAUCCAGCUGAUGAUGAAGAUGACGGACGGUUUUAUUUUGAUGUAUGAGAAGUGUUUAUCGUGGGUCAAUGCAACUGAAAUGUCUCAUCGGAUAAUUAUCCGAGCAAGGAUUUUGCCAAUGAAAGUGAAGAUUUGUUUUGCGUGGCGUCAUUGGUAACCGGGCUGAGACCCAUGAACUCUCUGCACUUGAGAACGAAGUUGAAUCACGGCCCCGUCUAUGUGAGCCCAAAGGUCUCUAUGACCGUCACAGAAGAUGGGGCUGAGUCCAUCCACUCGCUGUACUCGAGUACCCGGUGUAAUCACAGCGGUUGGGCGACAGGAACUCAGAUCUGGUACCCUGGUUCUCGUAGCCGGUGCUGGUACUGCGUUUCCGACACGGCCAUUAUGAACCGAGCCCUCCCGAGCUACCCAGCCGCCUCUACUGCUGUGAUUAUUUUUUAAUGUUGUUUCAUUUGUUUUCUUUCCCCACAGAGAAUAUUCCUGCACAGUUUGUUUUCGUACGUAUCCUUCACGACGUAUUUAUUUUCAUGGGUUUAUCCGUUUCAACUUGUGCGGUGAUUGUCACAUUGCGUUGACCCCGCGGUGGCGUGGCGACGUUGCCGACUUGAAAUCCGCGUCCCGUUACCGACUCUGCUUUGUGAUUCAUUUAGAGACCGGUAGCGUUUAUAAACAUUCAGUACAUUGGGGGGGGGGGGGGCGGUGAGUUAGCGUACCGCACCAUGAACCCAACGAUGACACCAGCGGCACGAGUACAGCUUCGCGAUGGUGUUGUUGGGGGGGUCGUUACCGCGCGCGUCGUUCGGCACGACGUCCGACGUUUCAUCGGUUCCUAAAAGAAGCUGCCAGCGCGCGUGGAGCGGAACGUUGGACGCGGCGCCCGAAAGACGCCCGCGCGGCACGGAGAGACGCGCGGCGACGGCCGAGAAAAACCGCCCGGUCACUGUCGGGGCUGAGUUGAGUGACAUCUCAACCGGUCAUCGCCCCCCACCCCCCUCUCACUUUGUCAACCCGCAUUGUCCGGUGCGCUGAAGUAUGGUCAGCGAACCAACCCCCCCCCACCCCGUGACUGACAGAGCAAUGGCGAAGCUUUCAUCCAGCAGUGGACUGACGACGGGCUGUAAGUUAUUAGUAUUAUUUUGUUGAAUAUUAUUAUCGCCUAACAUUGGUACGAUGGCCUUUGAAGUGUUUUAUUGUUUUGAAAGGUGUUGCUUGAAAGUUUUGUUGUGUUUUGUAUUUUUACAACAACUUAAGAAAUCGUCUUUUAGUCUUGGUCGCGGAUGAAUGCGGUUCGUAGUUUUUUUUUUCCCUCCUCCGUUUUGUGAAGAAAAUUUGCUUAGAACUACUGUAUCACCGACUCAAACGUUGCAAGUCUUGUCAACACUCACUCUGCGGGGGUGGGCGGGGGGCGACGCAGAUCCCCUUCUUCAUGACGAGGAACUGCGGGAGGUGGCCCUCGCCAGCAUUCGGAUGCAGAGGGCGUUGCAGAACGUGCGCUGUUUAAACCCAAACAACGUGAAGAGCGAACGAAGGGCGAAAGUGGUGACACCGAAUGGAGCGUUCGGAGCGGGGCGACGAUCAACCGUUUGGGUCUCACGGUGGGAUUGGUGCUACGGGGCCGGUUGACUCGUGUAGACAAUUUAACACGUAGGCUUUCGCGAACAAUUUAACAGGCGCUGGAGUUUCAUUCCUCUAUAUAUCUAAAUCGGCUCAAGCCUUCAGUAAAAUCACGUGGCCACUACCACUCUGAAUCCGUGUCUCUCUUUCCCCGCCCACUGUCAAAACGGGCAUUUUCACGCGCAGCUCAUUUCUGCUUUUUUUUCUGCCUGGCUUUAGACCACCACAGUGUAGGGGGAACCGCGUCCGUACGUGGGGUGGGCUUGCCACUUUCGGAUGCCUUCAGCAGAGCCACACAUUAACGCUCGCCUCGAUAACAAUCAAACAGUAGCAUGAGUAUUCUUGGUUCUUUCGGUAAAGUCACGUAGAAGGGAAAUAAUAAAAUAAUUUAAAUAUUAAACAAUAAAAAUGUAAUCAAUUUAGUAGCAUGAGUCUCUAGCAGUGUCGGGAAUGAUCGAGAAUGAUAGAUUUCACGCGAGUUUGCGAUUACUGCGGCUACGAUGCAGGGAGAGGUAAAUUAUAAUAAGUAUAACCCGUAAAAACAAAGUUUUUCACUAUAAAUCCUUUAUAUGCGUGGCGGCUAGAGUCCUCUCGUCCUCUGGCUUGAGAUGGCUGCCACCUAUGGGUCAGAUGAUUGCAUUGCACCAUUAAGCAAUUGGUAAUUAAAUAUAAUAUUUUUGUCCUAAAAAGUGUAACAUUUUGGAAAAAAAAUUUCACGAACAUUCAUUGUCACGCACAACGAGUCUGUGUGCAAAAUGUCAGCUCGAUUGGAUCACGGGAAGUGGGUUAAAAACGACCGAAAGAUUUGCACGGUCCUAAGCAAGCAAGCGAACUUAAUAUUAAGGAUUUAAAAAUUAUCCGCGGGCCAUUUCAAAGUUUUCGGCUUCACGUGGUUGUGAUCGGAUUGUCGCGAGAUUAAACGCGAACAUACUUCUCAUUGGGCCUAGGCUAUAUCGGCACUGCAGUUCACUGAAAUAAAGUUCAACGCUGAGUUCUUGGUACAAAUCAAUUCCUAGCCCCCUCUCCCCCAACAGAUGUCAGUUUCUGGACGGGUGUCAACCCAAAAGCCCAUAGGUCUAAUGAAAUGAAGUCGUGACCCAUGGGACCCCUCCUCCCUUGGCUGUCGUAGCCUUCGACAAGAUUGUCAUCUUGUCUUGGAUUAACCCUGGGCGCUGGGCCAAUUAAUAUUUCAUCCAGGACUUUGCAAUAGCGGUUAGACCGACUUUAAUUCUGAUCCUGGUUUUAACCUCGACUUAGACGAGGUCUCGUCAAUCUGAUCCUGGUAUAACCUUGAUUUUAGCCUGGGUUUUGCGUGGUUGUGGUUUAUAGUUUGGUAUUAAGUCCGCCAGAUCUUGGCAUGAGCCGUGCCUGGCACAGACCUCUCUGGCUGUUUGUAAUGUGGGGAAUGUGGGGUUUG